UUUUAUAUACGAAUUGUAUUAUCCAAACUAGUCGCACAGUGUGCAUUUUAUUCUCGUUGCACGACAACGUCAGCACCUCAUCACGCGAUUUGUCCAAGUACACUAUCAUUGCAUGAAGCCAAAGUACCUGGUUUGGGAAGCACCGACUUCGACGAACAAUACGUCAGGUUCAGAUACCACCCAACAAACUGCUCUCGCUGACACAAUAAGGACAAUAGCUUAUCAAGGUCUUGGAGGGUGGGGAAAACGGUGCCGCAGCCCAGUUUUGUCCCGGUGCGGGAGGCGCCGAUCUUGCUCUACUUUUCAAACCUUAAUAUCAGCGUCCCGUUUCAGCAUUAAGGGGAUCAACCCUUCUUCUUCUAAAGAAGUGACGCUAUCACGCCGGUGGCGGCCAUACCGUCGGGCAGGCAUACCCCGUGCUUACUACAUAUCCGAAGUUUCUUCGCGCCUGGUUGUCGGGUGCCAUUCCCAAGGUCGCGAUUUGUUCAUGGCUUGUAUGAACCGCUACUUAGGCCUAUGUACAUUACGCCUUGCUGCUAAUGCGGGCAGAUACUGUGCCAUAUGCAGAAUAAGACUACCGAAGAAGGAUAUGCCAGACGUCAUCGAGCAUGAGUAUCGACCUUGCACUUCGCACUGCGGCUGGAUUUGAGAGUUCGUGGUUCCAGUGUUAUCAGAAGCGGGAUAUGGCAAUGUUCAAGCCAUGCCGUCUUGUCAGUGGACCCUGUCUAGUUACUUGACGGCGUGACGGAACACAGGGACUGGCUCGUAAUCUACAAUGCUAUACGACACCGGGAUCCUGCAAUUGAGUGUUUCCCAGGUCAAGUAUCUGGGAUCUACUACUGUACCUCAAAGCCUCAGCCGUCACCAAGAACCACGCGGAUGACUGGUCGGCAACUGUUCAGUGUGAGACCCAUAGUACCGGAUGGGCCAUGAUACUUGGGACAG